UUGAUAUAAUCGACUUUGUUUCUUCAUAGCCUUCGGAAAAAUGCAUGCUUUUCAUUAAAUUUUCCAGAUAUAUUGUUCAGACAACUAGAUAACGAUUAUAUCAAAAUUUGUUGUGAAAACCUUUUUCAUAGAUCUGGCAAAACGUAUGAGGAAACAAAGGCCAAGGUGCGUGAAUUACCUGUUCCCCACCCAACCAUAUUAUUUUCACAUCAAAUUCCGACAUUAUUGCAAUCCACACCAUCAGAAACAUAGACGAAUUUUCAUUUAGAAAUAUGGUAACCCGGGCAAAAUAAUCAUGGCUUUCCUUCCACUUAACAUGAUGAUAGCUUUUAUCAGUCUAAUAAUGCUAGCUGGUAAUCUGAUGUCGGAGACAUUUCCAACGGACUGCAAUGUGCCGCCCAGUGUUUGGUGUUCUUCGCAAGAGAUAGCCGACAAAUGUAAAGUAUUGAAUCAAUGUGCAGCGUGGAAGUCUCGUAAUCAACUCGUUAAUUUUACUCUCUAUUAUGAAGCCCUCUGUCCUGAUUGCCAAAACUUCAUCAUUAAGCAGUUGUUUCCUACUUUCAUAAAACUUAAAUCAAUUAUCAACCUUGGCUUGGUGCCAUAUGGAAAUGCUUAUGAGCAGAAGGAUGGUAAAAGUUGGAAAUUCACUUGUCAGCAUGGUGCUGAGGAAUGCUCAGUGAAUAUUUUAGAGACCUGUGCAAUACACGUUUUAGAAGACCCUAACAUUUAUGUAAAGUUUAUUUAUGAUUUGGAAACAUGCAUGUUUAAAAUUCAAAAGCCAGAAAAAUGUGUAAAAAUGGUUAUGAAACACAUAAGUAAAAGAGAUAACCUGAUUGCAUGUGCUAAUGGAACAACUGGAAUCUAUUUAGAACACCAAAUGGCAUUGAAAACUAAUGCUUUGCCUCUUCCACCCAUGUAUGUUCCUUGGGUCACUCUUAAUGGUGUUCAUUCAGAACAUAUACAAAGAAAAGCAGAAAAUAAUUUGACAGAUUUGAUCUGUGAAACAUACCAAGGCAAGGACAAGGAAAAGUACUGCCCUGGUAGAGUUAUCAGCUGAAAGUAAAAUAAAAAUUAAAAAAUAAUUUAUAUUUUUUGUCUUUUGUAAACCAAAUUUUGUUUUAAAAAACUGUUAUCA